AGAAUCCAAGUUCAAUGUUGAAACAAAAGCAAACAGUUCCUUGCGUGGUCAGGAGCGAAGAAGCGGCCCUCUGGCUUCGUCGUUGGAUAGAUCAACAUCCGGCCCAGAACGGAGCUCGACUAAAAAUACCGAUCAAUAACUAUCGCUCGAUACGAUGCACGAUGCGAAAAAGCGACGAUUCCGAGUGUGACUCCAAAAUAAAGUUAACGGAGAGGACCGUUCGACGACAGGCUGUCAUAAAUCAACGAGCAGCGGAUCGACAAGGCUCUGGCAUCCGUUGUCGAUUCACAGCCGUGAGCGUCGCGACGUGCUGUUCGUCGAUGCUAUUUCGACGUGAAAAUAGUGGGGCGUCUCUCUAUUUCGGUCGAACAAGCCAGGGCCGUUCAGUCUGCGGCCUGGCUUCCUCACCAGGAGGCUGCAGGUCCGAGAAUUUUCCAUUUUCAUCGUUGUGAACUAAAAGAAACCCUUAUCAAGAACAUCUGGUAAGAGAAAAGCGCCACGAGGUCAGGGGAGAUCGCUGUAAAAGAAGCUUGUUCGAGAUCCUUUGCUGUGAGAAACUGGAUCGAAAUGUUCAGAUCCGGUGGAAGGUAGAACAACGGUAUUGACCGGUGCUUCGGACGAGUUCGAGCUGUUUGCUCUCGACCGUGAACUUUAGAGACUUUGGAAAGAAAGGAAGUUCGAGGCAAAGAUGUUGUGGUCGGAGCCCGACGAGGAGGAAGAGGCGCUAUUAUGCAGCCCAGCUCUGAUGGCCAGGAGAGCCUCCGAGUCAUGGAUCGUCGCGCCUCCAGUGGAGGCGAUGCCCGCGGCGGCGGCGGCAGUAUCCCUUCAACGAAAGAAAUCACUGCCGGAUGUGGCUCAACCUAUUCAGUUGACAGCGACGGCACCGCUAUCCAGGGAGGAAGUCAGUGUCCUGAGCAGCAUGAGGAGAGAGGAGAUCCGCAGGCAGAUCGACGAGAGUGAAAGACUCAGGGCCAAUCCCUUACUAUACUUGGUCAGUCCUCAGGUUAAAGACUGGUUCUCCCGGCAACAGCUGGUGAUGCUGGUGCUGUUUAUCAACAUAUCCUUAGCCCUGAUGUUCUUCAAGCUGCUGACGUAGCAGCCAGCCGAUGAUUGGGUUCACGGGCUCGUGGUGGACGUGACCUGAGACCCGGGCGUGUCACGACGCCCCGAGUCGUCACCGAUUACCAGGAUUAAAACGAUAAAGAAGAGGGCGCAAUCCAGUGCUCUCGAGACAAAAUCACGAAAAAAACCGCUGAAAACGGCUUUCGAGCGAUCCAACUCGGUCCCACGGUGGUAAGGUCGGACAAAGGGAACGUUGGACCUCGAGGAUUCGCGUGGAACAAUAACAAGAAGAAGGAACUUGCAAGAUGAGAAUUUUUUCAAAUAUCUCAACGCGUUCUUGCGAGGAGACUGAAGAGAUAAAUUGACGAAUCGCUGUCGAAACUAUAGCAUUUGAGGUAGUGUCAGAAUCACUCUCGACUCGAUUCAAUUUUGCGGAAGGAUUUCCGGCGAGGAUUCAUGGGAAACUAGGAUUAUCCACGGAUGAUGAAAGAGAGAAGAGCCGCUCGUUGUUUCUUAGACAGGGUACCAAAGUCGCCGAGGUACCCUGGCGCCUGUAUCAUACAUAUUUUUACACCGAAUAUUUUAAUAAUAAUAAUAUUAAUAUUUGUACGAGCUGGUCGUGUCCCGAUGGUGCGACCGACCACGCUCUAAACACGAUGCGCACACACGAAUCUCUCUACACUUUUCCUGUUCUUUCUCAACGAUCGACUCGAGCGCGGACACCGGAACGACUUUUAUACAAAGAAGCUAUAGAGCAGCUAGAGUAGCGUGAAACAAUUUUGUCCUGUAGAGAUUCUCGAAAAAGAGAAACCCGCGGACGAUCGAACAUAUUUUUCGAAACGUUAUGCCAAUCGAUCGUGGGGACAUUUUGGAAGUUUCACAAUGUAGAUUCGCGGUGGUAGGGAAAAGAGCGCGAGAGGACUAAAAAGCAAUGAAGGAGUUAGAAUUUCUAUACAAUUGUUACAAUUUCUACGAAUUUGAUAGACGAACGGAGUUGUACGUUGUUGUACGGUUAACGUUACGAUGUAUUCAUGUGUUAUCGAUGUGUCCAUGUAAUUAUAUGGGUGUUAUGUGGAUAUCGAUAUAAUUGUAAUCGUGCAAACUCCUACGAGAGAUCACUUCGUUUUGCGGAGUCUUUACGUGUAGUCUUGCCUUUCACGUGGAAAUUGUAUAUAAAACACUUUUGUCCGAUUUUUAUAUACGCGUUAGAAUCGAGUCACGUGUUGUCUAUACGUGAUCGUUGAUAUGCAGUCGGAAUCUCUUUUAUCGAUCGAAAAUUGUACAAGGAAAGGAAUAAAAAUAUGGACUUCGAACCAUGGCAAUAGAAGUCACGAUGAUAUGUUGUUUAUCUCUGGAUACGGUAUAAUUGUGUUUAGACAAAAAAAAAAAAGAGGAAAAAGAAGUAAUUCGAUAAUGUGAUGUGUUAGAUGGAUAAAAAAAUCUAUUUAUAAAGAUAAAUAAACGUUACUCUUGUUAUCACCAGUCGGUUGAGAAUCAGAUAGAAGUUAUUUAUGAUCGAGAAACGUUUCGAUAAUCAAUUUUUUCCUAGGUGCGUACGGUUCAAAAGUCAACCUGUAUUUCAUCAUCUGUAUUUCUCCGAUGAAUAUUUAAGAGCGUGCACAAUUUUGCAAUGAAUAUAAUGCAAUUGAUAUAUGCAUAAAUUCAUCGAUAAAACGAACGUGACGUCGUUUUGGUGAUUCGCAACGUUCGAUAGAUUAACGGAGUUUUUACAAGGAAAAUUACUUGUAUACAUUUUUGAGCCGUUUCCCUCUGAAAUCCUCUUUAAUAGAACAAAAUAAAUGAAUAAAUGAUACGACGAAAAAAUUGUCUUUGUGCGAUGUAAACGUACGUCGACUUUCUUCACGCGGUGGCACGGAGAUCGAGUUAAAAAUCUCGAGUUCAUGUCGCGAUCGAGAAUCAAUCUCCCUGCGCUCGAGUGAUCGCAUUUUUUCUAGCCUCAGGCAUAGCUUGUAUAUCUAGAUGAAUUUGUAAAUAAAAGAGAAGAGCAUUAUAGAUUGCGAUCGUCACAGUUAAUCGUCUAAAAUCCUCUUGGCUCGCGCCCCUUCGACGCGUUGUACGUUCGAAGCUAGACGGGCGACUAACAAACCGUUUCGAAGCUAUUUUUCCAAAAAAGAAAAGACUCGCUAUUUUCAUCCUACGCUAAUUAAUAUACAUAUAUAUUUUCCUCUUUGUACCUACACGUUAGCACUUUUACGUACCAUCUCGAAUACUUAAAUCGACGGGAAAUGUUAGGAUGAAAAUAGAAAAAACGCUCAUGCGCGUGAUGAAUUUUGUGCGAAUCGAAAGGUACACGAUGCCCGUCACAUCUUGUUUCUGCUCUCGACCAAAUCGAUGGAGAAAAUCUUUUUGAAAAUUAUGUUAGUUUAAAUAAUGAAUCAUGGAUCAAAAAUCUGAGACAUCGAUUCGAAACGAGGUGAUAAGUCGAAACGAUGAAAGGAAACUAGGUCGACGGGCAUCUUAGAAACGAAAUAAUACAAUUUUUAUGAAUUAUGAACAGAUCGAAGAUGUUUUUUGUUACGAAGAUCGUUCGUAUAAGUAAUUUAAACUAUUGUGUUGCGAUGGCCUGUUCGCUGUCACGAAACAUGUAUUGUAUAUAUAUAUAUAUAUAUUGCGACUAUAUACAUAUAUAUGACUCGAUUAAUUAGUACCGCAGAGAGCAGCUCUAAAAUUUGAUAAACGAAUCUGGGAGCGAGAGAGUGAGAGAGAGAGAGAAUGAGAGAGUGUAUGUACGAGUAUGAAAGGGAAUAUGUAAAAGAAAAAGAGAGCGAAAGCGGAAAAUGAUCGAGAAAAUUUGUCAGAGAAAGAGAUGGAUAUUUGUAGGAGACGAACCUAACCUAUGCGCGUUAAUCAUUAAUCAUUUGCAUCAUAGCAGCCAUAUCGCAAAUCAAAGGCAAAAUUUCUUAAGAAUUAGAUGUACAUCGUUCGAGACGAAACGCGGGAAAAUAUGAAAAUUGUUUUCGUCAUUUGAUUGCUAUAUCGAGAAGAAAUCUACGAAGAAACGACCAUAUGUAUAUUUUACUUGUUAUCUCUUGAUAUAUCGACAGUUAGCAUAUCUCGUUAUUAUUGUAUAUUAUUAUUAUUACUAUCAUUAUUAUUAUUAUCGCUAUUAUUAAUUAUUGUCAUUAAUUAUUAUUACUAUUAUUGUCAUCAUGAUUACCAUUCUGUCAAUGGAUACAUUGAAAAUAUGAAAACGAGCCACGGGCGUGAAAGGAAUUUUGGUACCUUACCACAUACGCGAUUCAAAAGGAGAAAAAAAAAAAUGAAAAAAAGCAACUCAAGGGCCCACUGUCAUUGUCCAUUUGCGAGAAAGCAGUGAUUCAAUAAACUUGUAUCAUAACGUA